GGAGGCAAAGGGGGGGAGGGAGGAGGGGGCGAGGAGGGGACUGCACCUGGCCGCCCCCGCCCCCGGCGUCCCGGCCCGUGCGUGGCCCGCAACCCACCGCCGCUCCGCUCUGCCAGCCCCGGCCGGGGGCUCAGGGGGCGGCGGGUCCCGAGUGGCUCCGGGCCGAGCGAGCCGGGCCGAGCCGCUCCGGCUUCUUUGUCUGCGGGCGGCCGCCCCGGCCGCGGCCCCCUGGCCCGGGCUGGGGGAUGAGUGUCUAGCCGGUGGCCGCUGGGCAGCCGGGGAGCGGGAGGCUGGGCUUCGGGCUCCGGAUGCACUAGGUGUGGGCUGGUGCCUACCCCACCCUGCAGUGACCAUGGAUCCCGGAGCUGGUUCUGACUCAUCUCUGACUGUCAACGAGCAGGUCAUUGUGAUGUCAGGCCACGAGACCAUCCGAGUAUUGGAAGUGGGAGUGGAUGCCCAGCUUCCAGCUGAGGAGGAGAGCAAAGGACUGGAGAGUGUGGCAGCUGGUGGCUCCCAGAGUGGAGGCCCUGUUGAAGCCAGUGGACCUGCUGAUGAAGCUGGGUCAUGUGACCCUGACCAUUCUGCAGAGGCAACUGUGAAGUCGCUGCCCGGAAUCCCUCCGAGUCCUGCCCCAGCGAUUGCCACCUUCAACCAAGCUCCGAGCCAGCCUCAGGCAUCACAGACCUUGACGCCGCUGGCUGUACAAGCUGCCCCCCAGGUCUUGACUCAGGAAAGCUUAGCCACAGUUCUGACAGGAGUUAUGGUCCCAGCAGGGACUGUCACUCAACCUCUUCUUAUCCCCAUCGGUAUUACAGGUCAAGUGGCUGGGCAGCAGGGGCUGGCCGUGUGGACAAUCCCUACAGCAACUGUGGCUGCCCUCCCAGGACUGACCGCGGCCUCUCCCACGGGGGGAACUUUCAAGCCACCUUUAGCUGGUCUCCAAGCAGCUGCCGUGCUGAACACCGCUCUCCCGACACCUGUACAAGCUGCCCCACCAAUCCAGGCCUCCUCGCCCGCCCAGCCCCGGCCACCAGCUCAGCCCCAGCCGCUGUUCCAGACCCAACCGCUGCUACAGACCACGCCUGCCAUCCUCCCACAACCCACCGCUGCCACCGUUGCUGCCCCCACACCCAAGACAGUGGACGCCACCCCGCAGAUCACCGUCCAGCCUGCAGGCUUCGCAUUUAGCCCAGGGAUCAUCAGUGCAGCCUCCCUCGGGGGACAGACGCAGAUCCUGGGCUCCCUCACUACAGCUCCAGUCAUUACCAACACCAUUCCCAGCAUGCCUGGGAUCGGCAGUCAAAUCCUCACUAAUGCUCAGGGACAGGUUAUUGGUGCACUUCCGUGGGUAGUGAACUCAGCUAGCGUGGCCACACCAGCACCGGCACAGAGCCUGCAGGUCCAAGCUGUGACUCCCCAGCUCUUGUUGAAUGCCCAGGGCCAGGUGAUCGCAACCCUAGCCAGCAGCCCCGUGCCUCAGCCUGUGGCUGUCAGGAAGCCAAACACACCGGAGUCCCCUGCUAAGAGUGAGGUGCAGCCUAUCCAGCCGACACAAGCCGUGCCCCAGCCUGCCGUAAUCCUCAGCAGCCCAACCCCAGCGCUCAAGCCGUCAGCUGCAGCUCCUAUCCCAAUCACCUGCUCCGAGACCCCAACCGUCAGUCAGUUGGUAUCAAAGCCGCACACUCCAAGUCUGGAUGAGGACGGGAUCAACUUAGAAGAGAUCCGGGAGUUUGCCAAGAAUUUUAAGAUACGGUGGCUCUCCCUGGGUCUGACACAGACCCAGGUGGGCCAGGCUUUGACGGCGACAGAAGGGCCGGCCUACAGCCAAUCAGCCAUCUGCAGGUUUGAGAAAUUGGACAUCACACCCAAGAGCGCCCAGAAGCUGAAGCCGGUUUUAGAAAAGUGGUUGAUGGAGGCGGAGCUCCGGAACCAGGAAGGCCAGCAGAACCUGAUGGAGUUCGUGGGCGGCGAGCCCUCCAAGAAACGCAAGCGGCGCACUUCCUUCACACCGCAGGCCAUAGAGGCUCUCAAUGCCUACUUUGAGAAGAACCCCCUGCCCACCGGCCAGGAAAUCACGGAGAUCGCCAAGGAGCUCAACUACGACCGGGAGGUGGUGAGGGUCUGGUUCUGUAAUCGACGCCAGACACUGAAGAACACCAGCAAGCUGAACGUCUUUCAGAUCCCGUAGGGCUCAGUGUCAGCNAGUGAUGGCGCUCUGUACUCUCCCCUCAGCAACCAGCCGAAGUCACUGCGGUGGCCGUACCAUGUGCAGCUGCGUUUGCCCUAGGUCGUGAGCCUCCACCUGUGCAUGCGUGUCAAUGCCUGCCUCUUCUGCCCACAUAUGUCACACCCUGGGGAGGCCCGAGGGGCUGCAUGAGAGCCCUAGGCUCUGGGCUGGGCAUGUGGAAGGAGGGGGUUUGUGGGGUCCUAAAAAAGCACUUUGCUAAGGUGGUUUCUGAAGGGCGGGUUCCGGUUGGGAACCAGAAAGGCUCUGUCUUUGGGGCAGGGCUGUAGCAACUUUUGGGGACAACUGUGUAGUAGCUCUUGGUUUUGGUGGCACCCUUUGCUCUUCCCUUCGCUCCUCUGCGGUUGUGCCCAUGUGACAACUGCGGUCUCACACUGCCUCCCUAACUCUGUCUAUGGGCACACUGAACCCCUUAAAGGACAGAGGCGAUGGAAUCCAGAGAAGCAUGGUGUGCUGCUCAGACUCACUGUCUGCCUUGAUCUUGAGGGCAGAAGGUUCCCAAAGUGACGGCGAGGGGUCGGAUGCCCGAGGUCAGGAGCUGCGAGGUCUCUCCCCGGGUCCUGCUGGUGGUGGGUUUGCGUUCACUCGCAAUGUUUUCUCCCGAAAACCAAGUUGGAAAGAAGCAAGAGUAAACUCUCCCACCCUGGAGAGUUUUAGGUCUGUGGCAGGUCUGGAGUUUAUAAAGUAAAUGAGGACACCCACCCAGACUUAUCUAAGUUUCCAGCUGUCUUCCAACACAAGAGCAUGCUAGAGUUUGGGAAAUUUUCCUCUGCCCACUUACGCAGGCAGCAGCAUGGGGCACGGAUUCUGACUGACUUUCCCCCUCUCUUGUGCCCUUACCCAUCUCAGGGCAGGACUGAGAUGUCUUCAAAGGAGCCAANUGAACCAUAAGCCAGACAUGGAGGAGCUGGCGUGGGAGGAAGACAGUAUCUAAAGGGAUGAUGGUCCGGGGAGGUCUCUUGUUGAGGCUGACUUAACUCUAGUUUUGUUUGUAACUAAGUCUUGGAGGUCUCCAGAGACUUCACUUUGUCCAGUUGUAGACCAGAUCUGUCUGUGAGCANCCCCCCAUCCUCACCCCUCUGGGGUGCUCCUCUGAGCAAACAGUGCCCAGGUCAGGGCUUCCCCUGGGUAGGUGAUGGCAAUCCGGGGCCUGGCAUCACACCCAAGCCACUAAGCCAGACUUUGCAGCCACAGAGAGGAGAGAGCUUGGNGUGUAUAAGGCUCCAGAGUCAGAUUGUAGCACCGAGGGGAAACACUUUGCUUUCAAGAAGUCAGGAAAGAGCUAAGACNUUCUCUUGGAUGACCCCUUUACAAGCUGUGGGCAUCAACUGUCUCGUUACUUUUGGGGUUGGUUUCUUGGCUUUUGUUUUGUUUUGUUUGUGAUAGGAUCACACUGUAGCCCAGGCUAACCUCAGACUUGGAGUUGAAGGCGACCUGAUCCUCCUGUCUCCCCCCACCUCCCAAGCGCUGGGUCUGCAGUCGAGUGCUGCUGUGCCACUGUGCCUGGCUCUUCUCUACUCCACAGCCUUACUGAGCUUGCUCUCUUGAUGAUGUUGACAUCACAUGAUCUACCCUGAAGAAAUGACUCUCAAAAUGGAUAUGAUGCAGAGACACCAGGGCUCAGCUUUCUCUCUCGUACCCUGUUCCCUUUCCUGGUCCUCUUGGGUCCUGCAGUGCUGGUGUGGAGGGACCUCCUAGUAGCUCUGACACUGAGAGGAGGGCAGUUGUGUGCUGAUCACACACACACACACACACACACACAC